AAUAGCAGUUCAAAAGAAUUUACUAUUGGUCACCCACACAUGUCCCACACAGAAAUGAAUCCCCUGGGCAUUACUUUAGUUCUGGGACUACUGGCGGGGGUCUGGGCUCAGAUCAAUGUGGUACGACCUCAGUGCGACUCCCCUGAGGCAGAGGAGGCUGCUCUGGUGGCUCGGGAUUACCUUAAUACCCAGCACACUCAUGGUUACAAGUAUGCACUGAACAGGAUUGAGGACAUCAAGAUCCAUACUAAGCCUGAUGGAGACAACACAUACAUGCUGGAAAUUGAACUGCUGGAGACUGACUGUCAUGUGUUGGAUCCCACACCUCUUGCCAACUGCACAGUCAGGCCAAAAAUAUUGACGGCAGUAGAAGGUGACUGUGAUGUGGUGCUAAAGAGGGUUGGUGGAGCUCUGACUAUCACAGCAUUUAAGUGUAAAACAGAAGAAUCAACAGAGGACCUAUGUGUGGGCUGUCCUACCCUCCUUCCCCUAAAUGACACCACAGCACUGGAGUUUGUCCAAGCCUCUCUGGCAACUUUCAACAACAUGACUGUGAAUGGAACAUACACUGUUAUGGAGGUUGGAAGGAUGUCAUCACAGGUUGUGUCUGGUGGGCCAAUCUAUUUCGCAGAAUAUGUUGUAGUUGAGGCUAAUUGCAUUGAUGAUGCCUGCGUGCCCCUGAAUGACACCAUGGCCGCACGUGGUAUUUGUACUGCCAAAGGUUUGAGCACUGAUCACACAGUGGACUGCAAGAUGUUUUUAACUCUGAUGCCUGUUGUAGAUAACAGCACUGCAGCCAUGCCUCCAGCAGUCCACGUACACACAGGCAGCCUGUCACCCAUGCAUGGUCUGAGGCACCACAAACUGACUACUCUGCAUGACCCUCAUCUCAGUGGCCUUUUGUCUGAAUCAGCAGAGUCAGCUGAAGUUGUACCUGUAGCCCCCACAGUGGUUGAUGCUGGUGUAGCUUCUGCACCUGCUGCCGAUCCAGCAUCACCAACUGCUGCUGAUCCUGCUGACGCUGGAUCGGCCUCAGAUUCCUCAGCCAGUGCUGAGGUUCCCGUUGUUGUAGUGAAGAGAGAUGUAUCUGCCCCUGCAAUUGUUGACACUGUGACUCAAACAGACCCCAUUGCUCUUGUGCCAGUGUGCCCAGGAAGGGUCAGAUUCUUCUAGUAUUUAGGUCCAAAAGACUACUUCAUUUAUACUUCAGCUACACUGGCACUAGAGUAAUUUAUGACUAAUUGAUAACAUGUUAGGUAGCUGUAACACCAAUACAAUUCCUACAAGUUAAAUUGUCACAAACAAGCAUUAUGCAUAGUUAGACUACCCUUAAAAAUGUAUAAAAAAAUGGGAUGGAUGAUAAAGAUUUGCAUUUGAUGUUACUGAAUAAAUCUUUCAAGGCU